ACAGCAGAGCUCAAGUUGGUGCAGGGAACUGCAGGACAGCAGAGGGACAUAGACCCGCCCCCAAUAUUCAGGGAUUUGUACCUGUCCACUCUACUAUAAGACACAUUACAGGAGAGCCGGCAGAAGGACAAACUUCACUGAAACAGAGCACUUGUGACCGGCAGAGAGCAUUGGUCCUUGCCAUGAGGUCCUGGAUGGCUGUGGCUCUGAGUUUUAUAAGCCUUUUGUGUGUGCAGCAGUUGCAAGGUUGUUUCGCUCUGCCCUCCCCCCAGCUGCCACAGUUACCCGCUCCCAGAAUAUCUACCAAUGAGGAAGAAGGUUCAAAAGCGCUGACCACAAUAAACCAGCCUUUGUUAUCCACACCAAUAAAGGACUUAAUAACGCAUCUUCGAUCCCUGCGGAGGAAACGAAGACGUGCUCGACGAUUGCAUCAACCCCGUUUAAUGCGCGUUGGUUGCUCUCUGGGAACGUGCCAAGUGCAGAAUCUGAAUCAUCGACUGUGGCAGCUGAUGGGACAAAUAGGGAAAGAGGACUCGCCAAUCCAGUUGAGCAAUCCUCAUAGCUAUGGUUGAUUUUUGUAGGACACAAGUCCACAAAAGUAUCCCUCCCCAAAUACAUUGAAUAUUAGUUUACCAAACAGUGUCACUUCUGCUGCUUAGUAAAUAGAUUGCUUUUGACUCAUAGUGUGUGUGAGUCAUUUAUACUGCGAUCUCAG